CGAUCUGAUCGAGUUUCUCAUUCCAUCUGCUCGCCGUAUCGUUCAACCCUUCCCUCGUUGAAGCGCCUGGUGGCGCAGUCGGCCAUACGAUGAAGCAGAGCUCGAGGGGAGGGCUGGGCAGGAUGCCAGCAGGGCUGCUGUCCAUCUUGGUAGGCUCUGCGCUCGCCGGCCCGGAUCUCACCACCAAACACGAGAAGGGCCGUUGCGCGAUAAGAGGACACUGCGGGAAACAGGGCUUCUUCGGCUCCGACCUACCUUGUCCAGAUAACGGAUUGGCGACGAAGCCAGAAGCCGAGAUCAGAAAGAAGUUGGUCGACAUAUGUGGAGACAAGUGGUCAGAUACAGAUGUGUGCUGUAACGAGGAACAGCUAGAUGCACUCAGCAGCAAUCUCGGCCGUGCCUCAGGCAUCAUAAAUUCAUGUCCGGCAUGCAAGGAAAACUUCUUCAACUUGUUCUGCACCUUCACGUGCUCCCCCGACCAGUCGCUGUUCAUAAACGUUACGAAAACCGAACCAAAAAGCGACAAAUAUCUCGUUACUGAGCUGGACCACCUCGUCUCCAAUGAGUACGGAUCAGGCUUCUACGACAGUUGCAAAGACGUCAAGUUUGGGGCAACGAAUGGCAAAGCCAUGGACUUCAUCGGCGGCGGGGCUAAGAACUACACUGAGUUUCUAAAGUUUCUGGGAGACAAAAAGCUCCUGGGGAGUCCAUUCCAGAUCAACUUCCCUCGCCCGGACGAGAGCAAAUUCCCCAACAUGGCUCCGCAGACCAAGGACGCACACCCGUGCAACUCCACCGACCCAAAGUAUCGAUGCGCAUGCUUAGAUUGUGGCGGUUCCUGCGCGGAACUGUCCGAGGUUACGGAAGCCAAACAAUGUUAUGUCGGCCUCCUACCUUGCAUGUCAUUUGCUGUCAUCAUCGUCUACUCUGUCUUCCUUGGCCUGCUCUGCCUCGCUGUCACCGGACAUGUGGCGUACCAGAGUCACUCGAAGAACAAGAGUGAACGCCUACGUUUGCUUCAAGAUCUCGAGCCUAGCGAUGAUGAGGAUGAGGGCGAUAUCGUGCACAACGUGGGAAUGCUUGACCGCCCUACGAAACACUACUUUGUGAACACAUGGUGCGACCGCAUGUUUAGCAGGCUGGGAUACGUCUGCGCGCGCUUCCCUGCCAUUACCAUCAUCACCAGUGUGCUUGUUGUUGGGUUAAUGAGCUUGGGCUGGAUAAGAUUCUCGGUUGAGACUGACCCUGUUCGUCUGUGGGUAUCUCCGGACUCUGCUGCUGCGCAAGAGAAGGUUUUCUUCGAUGAGAAGUUCGGACCCUUCUAUCGUGCUGAGCAAGCUUUUCUGGUCAAUGAAACUGGAGGCCCUGUGCUGAGUUACGAUACCCUUGCCUGGUGGUUUGACGUGGAAGGCCGCGUUCAACGAAGCUGGCCUUUCGAAGAAGUCUGUUUUAAGCCGAUCAAUGACGCCUGUGUGGUUCAGUCAGUGACUGGCUACUGGCAGGGCGAUUUCGGCAUGGUAUCGCCGCGCUCAUGGCAGGACGAUCUGAAGGACUGCGUCGAUAAUCCGUCGUCGUGUUUGCCCACCUUCCAACAGCCCCUGGAUCCUCACCUCUUGUUUGGUGGUGUCAACAAAAGUGUGCUCGAUGCCUCGGCAAUCGUGGUCACUUGGGUCGUCAACAACUACCCCGAGGGUACUGAUGAGCUUCAGCGGGCAAUGGACUGGGAAGAAGGGCUCAAGAAUCUACUGCUUGCUGUGCAGGGCGAAGCCAAGGACCGAGGCUUGCGACUGAGCUUCAACGCCGAGAUAAGUCUUGAGCAAGAGCUAAACAAGAGCACGAACACAGACGCGAAGAUUGUGGUCGUGAGCUAUAUCAUCAUGUUCCUGUAUGCUUCACUCGCUCUUGGAUCGACAACACUCACCGUUCGCUCGAUAUUGCGCAAUCCGGCCAACGCCCUGGUCCAGUCCAAGUUCAUGCUCGGUAUUGUCGGCAUCAUCAUCGUCUUGAUGUCGGUUUCCGCUUCCGUUGGCCUGUUCUCCGCCGCUGGAAUCAAAGUCACUCUCAUCAUUGCAGAGGUGAUUCCUUUCCUAGUCCUCGCUGUUGGUGUUGACAACAUUUUCCUUAUCGUACACGAGUUCGAGCGCGUCAACAUCAGUCAUCCUGAAGGCUCCGUCCCUGAACGUGUUUCUAGGGCAUUGGGUCGUAUGGGCCCUUCCAUUCUGCUGUCCGCUACCACUGAGACAGUAGCAUUCUCCCUUGGUUGCGCGGUCGGCAUGCCUGCUGUGCGCAACUUUGCAGCCUACGCCGCCGGCGCUGUCUUCAUCAACGCCAUCCUCCAAGUGACGAUGUUCGUUGCCGUUCUAGCCCUGAACCAGCACCGGGUGGAGAACAAUCGCGCAGACUGCUUCCCAUGCCUGCGUGUGGGGCGAGCUGACGCCAGUUACCUCAACGGAGGUAUGGGCCAUGGUGCUGGUGAAGAAGGGGGGCUGCAACGCUUCAUUCGACGAACAUACGCGCCAGCUCUUCUCGGGAAGAAAACCAAGGUGGCUAUCAUUACUGUAUUUCUCGGUAUCUCCACACUUGCCCUAGCCCUAUUUCCAAACGUUCAACUUGGACUUGACCAGCGUCUUGCGAUCCCGUCCGACUCUUACCUCAUCCCCUAUUUCAACGAUCUCUAUGACUAUUUCGAUGCCGGUCCGCCUGUUUACUUUGUUACAAAAGAGCUCAACGAUACCCAGCGCGAGGCACAGAAGGAGCUCUGCGGACGCUUCUCCACCUGCCACCAAGAGAGUCUUGCGAACAUCAUCGAGGCUGAGCGCAAACGGCCCGAGGUUUCCUUCCUCGCUGCAUCUGCAGCUAAUUGGCUAGAUGACUUCUUCUUGUGGCUUAACCCGGAAAACUCCAACUGCUGUGUCAACGACGAUGGGAAGCCAUGUUUCGAGGAUCGAGAACCACCUUGGAAUAUGACACUAUAUGGUAUGCCCCAAGGCAAGGAGUUUAUCGACUAUUUGGACCGCUGGAUCCAGGCCCCGACAACCGAGGACUGUCCCCUCGGAGGCGCUGCUGCGUAUUCUAACGCUCUCAUCAUCGACAAGAAGCAUCUCACUAUUCCAGCAUCGCACUUCCGCACUUCACAUACUCCCCUCCAUUCACAGGAAGACUUCAUCAAUUCCUACAAAGCUGCCCGACGGGUUGCAAAGGAAAUCGAAAAAGACGUCCAGACAGAGGUGUUCCCUUACUCGAAGCACUACAUCUUCUUCGACCAGUACCUGUCUAUCGUGCGUUUGGCCGGUGCACUACUCGGUUCAGCACUAGCAGCUACGCUUGUAGUGACCACGAUACUUCUCGGCUCCUUACGUACCGCAUUUGUUGUUACACUCGUAGUCGCCAUGACGGUGUCCGCGAUUAUUGGGUCCAUGGCCGUCAUGGGCGUCUCGCUCAACGCCUUGUCUCUCGUUAACUUGAUCAUAUGUGUGGGCAUCAGUGUCGAGUUCACGGCGCAUAUUGCCAGAGCUUUCACUUUCCCGAGCCGUGCCACUAUGGAGCGCGCGCCUAGGCACAGGUUCCGCGGGAAGGACGCUCGUGCUUGGACCGCUAUGGUCAACGUUGCUUCAUCUGUCAUCUCAGGUAUCACGAUCACGAAAAUUUUAGGCGUAGGCGUGUUAGCAUGGACACGAUCCAAGAUCUUCGACGUAUACUAUUUCCGCGUCUGGGUCGCCCUCGUCUUCUGGGCCUCGACCCACGCGCUCAUUCUCCUCCCCGUACUCCUCUCUCUCUUCGGCGGCACAGGCUACGUCGACCCUGAGAGCGAAGGCGGCCUCGAGCAGGACCUGCGCAACCGCCAGUACCCGUCGCUGCUGGGCGACGACGACGAUUAUCUUAGCGACGAGUAGUGAUCCGCUGGAGGCUAAAGAUCCAGGCGAGGGCCCCAGCGAGCCACGGGCGAUGCACGUACUGCUCCAAAGCGAGUCCAGAGAGGGUAUAGAAGUGAUAGUUAUGACUACCGUGACGGAGGCCUUUGAGGAAGGUGUCGCGGGGUCGCCUG